AUUCACCAUGAAUCAAAUUUUCUUAAGGUCAAACGACAAAAACAAAAACCUCGUUUAUCAGCAAUUAUCAUAGCGUCAUCAAAGUGGUUUACAUAUUGUUCCAUUUGUUUAAAUAGUGAAAGUUUCCUAACCCGUUGAAAAUGGUUUUAAGUAAAACUGUUAGAUUUCUCACGAAAGUAAAUAAGCAAAAGAAUUACCAGAAGUUUCUUUCGACGAAAGUAGCGGAUUUUCCUGGCGCAAGAACAUCGUGGACAGAAUCACUGUAUUUUACGAAACCGUCUUCAUAUGGGCCGAUACCGGUUUAUCGAGUCAUGGAUAGGCAAGGCAACGUCCUGGUUCCGUCCGAAGAUCCCAAAUUGCCAAAUGCAACGUUACUCAAAAUGUACAAAGAUAUGGUAUUAUUAAAUUCAAUGGAUAAGGUUUUGUAUGAGUCUCAGAGACAAGGGAGAAUAUCUUUCUACAUGACAAAUUACGGAGAAGAAGCCACCCAUAUUGGCAGUGCCGCCGCACUCGAGCUUCAAGAUGUAGUUUACGGGCAAUAUCGCGAAGUUGGGGUGUUACUCUGGAGGGGAUAUACUCUUCAGCAGUUUGUCGAUCAAUGUUACGGCAACGUUGACGAUCCCGGCAGAGGAAAGCAGAUGCCUGUUCAUUAUGGUUCCAAAAAAUUGAAUUUUGUUACAAUAUCCAGUCCGCUUUCAACGCAAAUGCCUCAAGCUGUUGGCUCUGCUUACGCGUUAAAAGAUAUUGGAAUGGUGAUUUUUGGUUUGGCUUUAGGUACGAAACAGGUAGUGAUCUGUUACUUCGGCGAUGGAGCUGCAUCUGAAGGAGAUGCUCACGCUGCUUUAAAUUUUGCUGCAACGCUCGACUGUCCGGUUAUAUUUUUCUGCAGGAAUAACGGGUACGCCAUAUCCACCCCUGUCAAUGAGCAAUACAGAGGCGACGGUAUCGCCGCCAGGGGGCCUGGGUACGGUAUAAACACAAUUAGAGUUGACGGGAACGACGUUUUGGCGGUUUACAAGGCUACCGAAUUUGCGAAAAACUACGCUAGCGAACAAAAUAAACCGGUGUUGAUUGAGGCGCUUACAUACAGAGUCGGAGACCACUCGACUUCCGAUGACAGUUCGGCUUAUAGGUCGCCAACAGAAGUAUCGCAGUGGGCGACUAAUGACUAUCCAACCAAAAAAUUGCGAUAUUAUUUGGAAACCAAAAAUUUAUGGAACGACGAACAAGAAAAAGCUCUGAUUGAGGAAUCGAGAAAAAAUGUGCUGACUGCUUUCAACGCCGGCGAAAAAAAACUGAAACCCAGGUGGACUGAAAUGUAUGAAGGCGUUUAUAAAUUUAUGCCGCAACACAUCAAAAAACAAAAGGCUGAUAUGGAAGAUCAUCUUAAAAGAUACAAGCAACAUUAUCCCACAGAUGUUUUUGUGAGCUGAUUCGUUAUGAUUAUAUAUUAUUUUAUAAUAAAUUAAAAAUUGGUUGAGU